GAUGAUGAUGAUGAUGAUGAUGAUGAUGAUGAUGAUGAUGAUUAUGAUGAUGAUAAUGAUUUGGAUGAUGAUUGUGAUGAUGAUUCGAAUGAUUUUUCUGAUGAUGUUGAUGAUGAUGAUGAUUCGGAUGAUGAUGGUGAUGUUUAUGAUGAUGCACUUUGCAAUUGCGUCAAAUGCAAUCAUUCGAUGAUGAUAGGCCGAAUUCAGGGAACAGAACCACAGGGGAACUUGGAAUCCUAA